AUGAUUAUGUUUUCGAAUCGGACGGUUCAGAUCGAGGAGAGCGAAGAGUCCGUGCGGCUGAGAUCUGUUUGGGACCCACAGCGCGUCACAUCAUCAGCUCGUCGCAUGCAAGCGGUUAAGAUCUGUGAGUUGUACGGUCGAGAUUCACGCAGAAAAAUCGGAUUCUUUGCGAUCUCUUCAGCAGUUGUUUCGAUUUCGAAUUUCUCCAAAACUCCUUUCAACCUCUUUUUCCUCCGUCUCUCCUCCGACUAUCAUGCCUCCGAAGACGUCAAGCAAGAGAAGGGAAAGGCCGUCGACCUCGGCGGUGACGGGAAGUUCACGCCGCACGCCGAGACGACGCUCGACGCCGAGCCUCGACACUUCCGGCAGGAUUUCGGGAUCCCGGAUGAGAUCGAACUCGUUCUCCGGCUGAGGGAGAGGACCCGGAGCAUGUUCGUCCGGGGUUUUGCUGCGCCUACGUCGUAUUGGCGGAGCGCCGGGAUGAUUUUCCCGGUCCCUCGUUUUCUGAUGGAAGCGCUCGCUCAUUAA